ACAAUUUCGGCUACAUCCCUGGCGUGAUCCAUGGCAAUCCAAUCUGUUUCGAGCCCUUUCGCGCGAUAAGUUUCUAUAGUUGAGUUUGUUGAGUUAGUUCAGUAUAAAUGAAAUUGUUGUGGAUGAUCUAACUCCUUUUUCAUUGACCUUUUGAGAAGAGAACAUCAGGGGACUCUCUUGACCAUGGCUACAGCCGCAGCGACCGUCCCUCCGGAGAUAGAACGGCUAAAGCCCAUGCUGGGACUUCCCGAUGAAUUUGAGCUCCAGUCUUGCGGAAAGGCCGACUGCUGGAUGCUGAACAAGCUGGUCUCCCUGAAUGAGAUCAUUUCUCGCGCUAAGGUAGAACUGAGGGAAGAGGAAAAAGGGGAAGUGACGCUGACGUCGUGGGGUUCCUCUAAUUACCUGUGCACCAGCAAACAGAUCGUGCUGUUCCUCAUGAGAUGGCACAGCUGUAUCCUGCACUUCAACUUCCGCCACGCUAAAGUGACAAUGAUGCAGGAAGUGAUGCUGGCUCUUGACGAACGGACGGACGUCGUGAGCUUCUGCGUGACGAAGGUGCUUUCGAGCUACGGCGAAUCGAAGGGAAUGCCAAAGCGCCUCGAGAAACCCAUCUUAAACUUCAUCCAGAGGAGCAGCGCGUUGAGGACGUUCAAGUUGCACGAAAAGAAAGUGUGCGAGCUAGCGGCAAAGAGGAUAGGUGAGGCGCUCGCUACCAAAGCAUCGCUGAAGGUGCUUUCUCUAGAAAGCGAGCCCAUCAUCCACUUCUUCUUGGGAAGCUUUGCGGAGAAAACGACAAUAGACAAACUGUCGCUCGAGAGUGUAUCGUUUCACGCGUUCGAUUCGCCGCACGCGGCGCAGAUCCCAAAGUUGAUCGAGUCCGUUCCUACGGUGACGUGCUUGGACCUGUCCGGGUGCCGAUGGGAGCAUUCCUACGGCCAGUGUGACCGCGAUAAAGUAGAACUGAUAGCGGAAGCGCUGAAGAAGAAUGCUUCUGUCAAGACGCUGCUCCUCGUGAACUCCGACGUGGAGCCGGAGAGCUUGCACGCGCUCGCGGAUAUGUUACAACAUAACAAGACCCUGUCAACCCUGGACAUAUCGCACAACGUCAUAGCGCUGGAGGAAGCUUCGCACAUCGCCGAAUCGCUGCGGACCACCUCCACGUUGAAGAGCCUGAAACUGCAGAAUUGCACGAUCUCUCUCGCAGCCAUACGGGAGAUUGUCGCAGCACUCAAGGAGAACCCUCAAGGACCCGUCGUGGACCUCGGAAAUCAGUGGGCUCUUGGCUACACGCCGUCCGAUGUCGUAAGUCUGGUUGUUCAGGAAAAAGUGGACAAAGUCCAGUUCCCCUGGAUCGGAGAAAUCAUAAAAAGCGUCGGCGGCAUCCCCGACUGGUACAAGGUGGUACACAUCAGCGUCUCCGUCGAGAGGGAAGACGACGACAAAAUGAAAGGCGUGUGCGCUUACUUUGAGCAACGUUCCGCCCGAGCGAAAAGCUUCAACAUCUCCUGCGAGAAGAAAUCCAGCAUGACCUGCGUGCAGAUUACGGAUCUGCUCCUGCGCAACUGCGCCAUCGAAGAGCUCUACCUCAACCCGAGGCCGGUGCCCGCGGACGUUCUCCGCGAGUUCGCCGAGGCCCUCGGCACGAACACGCACCUCCGGAGCCUCCACAUCAGCAUGGGCGACCGGUGGGGCGCAAAAUACUGCGCGGACAUCAAGGAGGCUGCCUUCUUCGCCAGGGCCCUCGGACGGAACAGGACCCUUGAGGUGUUCGACUGCCACCUCAUCUUCAACAGGGACGCCAUGCAGCAGUUUUCGACGCACCUCGACACGAACUACGCCCUCGUCGAGUUCAGGUUCUACACGCGGGUCUGGUACGAGAUCGUCCACAGGAGGCACUACAUCGGAAGGAGGAACGCCGUCCUGCAGCAGCAGGCCGCGCAUUUCGCGCUGGGCGACUCCCUGAGAAAACGUUGGGCCGCGGCGUUUUCGCUGACGCACAACACGGGUACGUUGCGGAAGAAGUUGGAAGAGGCGACGGGAAAGAGCGAGGAGGAAGUGCGGGGCUUGAUAAGGGCGAAGCUGUUCCACCUGCAGGUCAACUUCUUCAAGAUCACGGAGAUCGUGAAGGAAAGGGUCGUCUGCAACGCAGCGCCGCUCGGCGUCGUGCAGAUCGACAGGUUGGAUCUUCCCCUCCUCGCCCACAUUGCGUCCUUUUUGAAAGUGGGCGACGUCAAGUGAUCAUCAUGUGCCAAAAAAUUGUUGAGGCGCCGACAACCUGGUGACGUAGUUAUGCAUGUCGCAUGUGCUGCGGAUGUUUGUUUCCUUUAGCGUUGUAAAGUGCAAUGACAUUCGUGCGGAACGUUGAGUGUCGUAAUUUUCAAACAUGUUCGCGGGACGGUUGACUGUAAUAGCGGAGGACUUUAUGGGCUGUGACGAGUGAUUUUUACCACUAUACAUACCUAACAGAAGCUCAUUAAAAGUGUGUUUGCAAAAUGU